AUGGGAACACCUAAAGGAGUGGAAAAUGGAGAGUAUGAGUACAAGGAAAACCAAGGGUUAACAAAGUCAUAUUACUUGGUGGUUUUCAUCUCAUCUUUGUUGAUAAGCACAAUAGGAGGCUCUUUGCUUGGGUGGUGGCUACACAAAUACCAUCCAACAAAUAGACAACUUUGGAUGGUGCCCUUUAGCCUCAUUCUUUUGUUUACCCCAGCCAUUGUUUGCUUCUCCCUCAUCAUUUCUGGCUUUCGUGUUUCCAAAAACGAGGAAGAGGAUGUUCUCAGCAUGAGUCAACGAAUUCAUCCACUAAAUGACUCUCUUUGUGGCCCAAAGAGCUGA